AUGGAUACCGUCUCGUUCACGCUCGGCGUCAAGAGCGCUCAGUUGCAGAGUAGCCAACUCAGGGAUCUCGUGUUUCAGGGGAGACUUGCCAGGGCACGGGUGGAUGGUUCAGAACCCAUUCGAGACCAGGGAAGCAGGGAGGAGAGUGAUGGGGACGAGGAUCAGCGGGAAGGAGCGCAAAGAAGGCUUGGGUACUUGCUGUUUAUGAGGAUGCAGAAUUUCAAUUACUGGUGCCUCUGCGUGCCGUCUCAAGAUCUCAAUGAUCGAGUCCCCAUUUUUGCGGCAUACAACACAGCCCUCGUAUCCCAUAACAUUCUCGUGAAAGCAAAGAACUCCCUAGACUUCCAGGGAGACGUCGAAGCUGUGGAUCACAAUCACCGCUACAAGGAACAAAAGGGAGAAGCAAAACGCUUUGAGGGCCUCCAUCGCGAAAGGGACAAACUAAUGCUUCAUUAUACAAGUUAUCUCACAUCGAGAAGGUUCUCGAAGCAAAUGCUCACGAUAUCCAAACGAAAUCCCAAGGCUCUCGCAGGUCUCCGAAGUGAACAGCGAGUCGAUGACGAAGCUCGACACAACCCAGGCAAACACGCCAAAGUGCGCGUAACAGUCUUCACAGAGGAGGGGGAGAUCAAGAAGGCCGAGAAAGCCAUUGAUUCCAAGCGAGCUGCGGAAGAAGUAGCAGUCCUUUCAUCCUGGGUGGCAACAUGGUCUGACGACCGGCUUGCCCGUAUCAGGGCGCAAUUUGAACAAGAGGAGUUACAGCUGACCCAGACGCGCCUAGCCAACCUCCGGAAAACCCAAGAAGAGGACACCAAGGUGGCUGAGCUUGAGGAAGGGAAGCGCCGCAUGCGGGAGGAAAUUGCCGAAGCUCUGGAAGCACUGGAACGCCUUCGCGAGGGUCCCGAUGAGCCCAAUCAUAUCCAAGAAGAGAAGAAUAAGACCGUUGAGCAGGCGAAGAAAGUUCAUGCCCGCUCAGACAAAAACGACGAGAUGGAGAAGUUGGGCCUUGAACGCACGGCUUUGUAUCGCAAGUGUCGACUUGAAGACAUCAGCUUAGGCAAUUUGGAACACGUCUCCAUGGAGGAGAACCUCCGUGAAGAAGUUGCUAUGGAUGUGGACGAGGACGAGGAGGGUACUCAGGGACCAAAACAAGUGCAAGACACGGUAUUGAGGUUGACCUCGACGCCCUGGACGACGAGGAGAGAGGGCAGCUUGUCAGAGAUGCUCGCACGGUUCGACUCAUCCAUCCUGAAGCUGAAUUCGGAAAUAGAGCGAAUGGCGCCAUAUCUCAAAGUGAUAGAAAGACUAGACGAUGUGGAGGCUAAGUUUACAGAUACUGAGAAAGCGCCUGAAAAGGAGCCUUACGCCGCUGGCAUAAAGUAUCACACUAUGCCACCCAUGAAGCGUUUCCGAGAUAUGGAACAAUUGUGUGAUGGAGAGAAAACAGUAGCCGCUUUAGCACUCCUCUUCGCUAUGAGAAAGGUACCAGGAAUAUACAAACUAUUUGUUGUGAUCAGUCUCCAAGGGUCGUUGUACGAGCGUGGACUCUCCCUUGUGGGGAUAUACCGAGGUCAGGACGUCAAUAGUUCUCGCACGCUGAGGUUGGAUCACUGGCAGUUAACCCAAUACGACGAAAUUGAAGGUGCCCUUGGGGUGAUUUUUCACUGCGGAAACGAGAUUUUGUCUGGUACUGGGUAUUGUGAUCCACCUUUGUUGAGAAUUAAUCCCUAUGCAAAUCCCUCCCUGGGUACCCUCCCUACUGCAAAUCCCACAUAUACCACUCCUUCUGUUCACUGCCCAUGCAUCCCCCACCUUCCUAGCUCCCUCCUGAACAUGUUCCAGGGUCCCCCCAACUGUGGGCCACCUGAGUGGUCCUGUAAUGUGAGCAUGGACAUGAGGUUCAGCCAAUUAAUAGCAUCAGCUUCCAGUGGGCCAGAUCAUAGUGCCUCUAGGGGACACCAAAGUAUGAACCUAAACCCAGUUUUGGGUGAAUGUCAGUUUCUGGAGGAAUGGCAGACCCAAAACACACCUUCCCCAGUCAAUUCACAGCUUGAAAAUGAUUUCAGCUUCACAAGACCACUGAGCCAGUCCUUGACUUAG